AAAAGACAAACUUUAUUCCUCUGGCUUCCUCCUCUCGCCCCUUAUACCUCCUGCCGCGGCAGCUCACUCUCUCCUUCCUUGCUUUCUACUAUCAAAACCUGGGCGAGGUUCCAAAGUUGCCCGCUUUCUCACGCUCCAAUCUUUGCGUCAGAUCUUGUCCUCCAAAAUGUUCCUGAACGUGCAGCUUCCGUGGAAUGUUAUAAUCCCGGCAGAGAACCUCGAUGCAAAGGGGCUAAUGCUGCAGAGAUCCAUUAUCAUCCGCCUCUUGGAUGAGUUUGCUAGCAAGAAGGCCACCAAGGAACUUGGGUACUACUUUGCUCUGACAACUCUGGACAGCAUUGGGGAGGGUAAGGUAAGGCAGCACACAGGUGAUAUCCUAUUCCCUGUGGUGUUCCAUGGGAUCACCUUCAACCUCUUCCGAGGGGAAAUCAUAGAGGGGGUUGUGCACAAGGUACUGAAGCACGGGGUCUUCUUGAGGUGUGGGCCCAUGGAGCACAUCUACCUGUCCAGCACUAAGAUGCCCGACUACAGAUACGUUCCCGGGGAGAACCCGGUUUUCCUGAACGAGAAGCUGUCAAAGAUUGGGAAGGAUGUGGUGGUCCGUGUCAUCGUGCUGGCGACAAUGUGGCUGGAGGUGGAGAGAGAAUUCCGUGCACUGGUGAGCUUGGAAGGCGAUUUCCUAGGACCGGUUUCGUCGUUUUAGAACAUCUGCAUCAGCUAUGCCCCCAGUAAUCACUAGGAAAGGUUAGGACUGCUGAAUGAGAUUAACCCUGGGACUCUUAUAGUUGGAGAUUUACUUUAGCUUCCAUUUUGUUAAUACCAAUCAAAUGGACCCUUUAUCUUUUCCGAUCUAGGGACAUUGAUACCUUUCUAACAAUUGCCUAAUGCUUGAGAUGAUUCGGGAUGUCUGGCUAACUUUGAUGUGUCCAGCAACAGCUAAUCGAUUCAAAAAAAUGAGCUGAUUACGUUUGUACUUGAUA